AUGGUUUUCUUGCCAUCCAAUCUUUUCAAACCAAAGCCACGUGGGUCUAAGGUUUCUCCCAAGGAACCGGUUUUCCCUUACAAGACGACUCUGACUGAUGCGAUUGCGAAUCUGACAUCAAACGGCGACAACGAAGACCAUCCUACCCGUUUGAAUGAUGAAGCAAUCAACGCGGUCACGCUCAUGUCUCGAAUUCCAAAUAACACAGUUGUAUGUACUACUCAAUAA